UAACCGGAAGCAUCAAUAGAAGCGAUUGAGAAACGGCGAAAGAAAUCAUCACCUGUCGAUUGCGUCCAUAUAUCUCUCCUGCGCUCCCAUUAAUCUCCAUAUCCCACUUCCAUAACACCCAUACCCUUUCGUUUAUUCGCUGUCGACUCAGUCCGGACGGAUAAAGCAGAGCUGGCAGUGUAAUUCUUUGCGCAAACGGGGGGUUUUGAAGGUGCGUUAUAGCCUCGCAGCAGAACAAAUGUAAACAAGCAGCUGAUCAGCUGUGCGGCCGAAGACGCGCAACGAAACGGCGUGAUGACAGCGACCCGCACGGUUUGACAAACAUAUUCUGCAUCAUAUAAAGCGAAAUUAGACAUUUAUUUGCAAUGCUGUAGAGUUUUUUUAGACGUUAGGGCAGUACACGAGGACAACUCCCAACCCCAUCGCCUUCACCUCCAUUGCGGGCAGCAGCAGCAGAUACAGAACAAACGGCUUAUUUAUUUUUUUACUGAUCAAAAGAGUGAUACAUUGAUUUAUUGAUCUUCAUAUCUGCCUGAAGAUUGGAUAACAUCACGUCUGACAGGAAAAGCAACAGGAUUCGAGAAAUAACAAAGGAAAAAUAAGGUUAACAGUCCUUUCUGGGCCCCAAGGAAUAAAUAAAUAUCAGAAACGUAUUAAUAUUUACAUGAAGCUGGACGUUUAAGGCACCCAAAUAUCACAUUUCCUGGGGAGCAGCACAGUAAGGCUGAAGGAUCAGGACUGUCAUGGCACACCAGCAGAUGCCGAGCUCUCAGAAGGCUCUGAUGCUGGAGCUUAAAUCUCUGCAGGAGGAGCCGGUGGAAGGUUUCCGCAUCACUCUUGUUGAGGAGUCGGACCUCUACAACUGGGAGGUGGCCAUCUUUGGCCCUCCAAACACACUUUAUGAAGGGGGCUAUUUCAAGGCCCAUAUAAAAUUUCCUAUUGACUAUCCUUACUCUCCUCCGACCUUUCGGUUUCUCACCAAGAUGUGGCAUCCAAACAUCUAUGAGAAUGGCGACGUGUGUAUUUCCAUCCUCCAUCCACCUGUGGAUGACCCUCAGAGCGGAGAGCUGCCCUCAGAGCGAUGGAACCCCACACAGAAUGUCAGAACAAUCCUGCUGAGCGUGAUCUCACUGCUGAACGAACCCAACACUUUUUCUCCUGCAAAUGUGGACGCCUCGGUCAUGUUUCGCAAGUGGAGGGACAGCAAAGGCAAGGACAAGGAAUACGCGGAGAUUAUAAGGAAGCAAGUGAUGUCCACUAAGGCAGAUGCAGAGCGAGAUGGAGUUAAAGUACCAACGACGCUAGCUGAGUACUGCAUCCAGACCAAAGUGCCUUCUCACGACAGUAGCUCUGACCUGCUCUACGACGAUCUAUAUGACGACGACAUAGAGGAGGAGGAUGACGACGACGAUGAGGCGGAGGCCAGUGGGAUUGGCAGUGAAAUGGCCGGGGACUGUUUUGGCGAUGAAGACGAUUCUGGCAACGAGGAAUCUUGACCUCCUUCCACCGUUUCCGUGACACUGACCUUCGCCCUCUCACUAUUCUUUACCCUGACAGCCUCAUGUUUCAGAUUCUCUUCUCCUGUGCUUAAAGCUUUUGUUUUUCCACUCUGUUCCAAAAAAGUCAUUACUUUAGAUCUCUGUCCUUUUCAGCACCUCCCCGUUCCUAAGUAAAGUUCACUAUGGGUUCAUAAAACCAGUCGUUUCACAUCCCACCUUCUCCUGCCUCUUAACCUCAGGGCUUUUGGAUAAUCAGAGCUUGUCAGGCCACCUUAUACAUGUUCAUUUCAAUAUUUAUUUUGAGGGCUAGUUCCCUCAAAAUUAAAAUUCUGCCGUGAUUUACUCACCCUCAUGUUGAAAAAGGAAUUUUAUUGAGCUGUUCUGAGAUUUUUGAGCUUCUUUUUCCCCAACAAUCCAAAUAAGGUCCAAAUAUAUCUAAUUCCUUUUCUAUAGUAGUCUGGAAAAACAGUACAUUAGAAAAAAAAAAAGAAAACAAUUGACAACUGUAAGAUGUGAACAAAAGAUUGUGAUAUAAAUUAAUUUUCAAGAUAUAAACUCGCAAAUCUGAGAAAAAAAGUCAGAAUUGGGAGAUGUAAAUAGCAUUCUGAAAAGAAUUUAAGAUUUAAACCUGUAAUUGCAAAUAUUAAAAAAAUUACCUUUUUUAUUAUUUAUUAUGUGGCCCGAAACAAAAAAAAAAGAUGUAACUCAGAAUGAAAAAAAAUUGUAAAAUGUAAAAAAGUCAGAAUUGUGAGAAGCACACUCAAAAUUCAGAAUUCAGAGAGUAAAGUCAGAAUUGUGAGAUGUAAACUCAGAAUUCAGAGAAAAAAAGUCAGAAUUUCGAGAUAUGAAUUCAGAAUUCAGAGAAUAAAUCGAGAAUUGUAGGAUCUAAACUCAGAAUUCAGAGGGAAAAGGUCAGAAUUCCAAGAAUAAAAUCAGAAUUGCAAGACCUGAACUCAGAAUUUGGAAAGAAAAAGUCAGAAUACCAAGAUCUAAACUCAGAAUUAAAAGAAUAAAUUCAGAAUUGCAGGAUCUAAACUCAGAAUUCAGAGAAUAAAAUCAGAAUUACAUCAUCUAAACUCAGAAUUCAGAGGAAAAGUCAAAAUUCCAAAAUGUAAACUCAGAAGUCAGAAAAUAAAUUCAGAAUUGCGAGAUGUAAACUCAGAAUUCAGAAAAAAAGUCAGAAUUUCAAGAUGUAAACUCAGAAUUCAGAGAAUAAAAUCAGAAUUACAUCAUCUAAAAUCAGAAAUCAGAGGAAAAAAGUCAGAAUUCCAAAAUGUAAACUCAGAAUUCAGAAAAUAAAGUCAGAAUUGUGAGAUGUAAACUCAGAAUUCAGAGGGAAAAAGUCAAAAUUUCCAAGAUGUAAACUUAGAAUUCAGAGAAUAAUAUCAGAAUUGGAAGAUCCAAACUCAGAAUUAAAAGAAAAAGGUCAGAAUUGGGAGAUUUAAUUCAGAGAAAAACUCUAACUUUAAACUCAUCAAAAUUUAAGUUGUUCCUUUUAUGACUAAAGCUCUCAUUUAUGCUCCAGGCCAUUGAUUUUUGCGUGUUGCGUAACCAAAUGCAGUCUGCCAAUGUGAAUCAAGAGUGCCACACAGAUUUGGAAUGACAUGAGGGUGGGUAAAUAACGGUAAAAGUUUAAUUUUCAACCAAACUAACCCUUCAACCUACCCAUGAGCUAGUUACAUCUGGUAAAAUCACCAACAAAUGAAUGUUUUGUUACUUUCCCAGAUUUUCAAGUAUAUACAGUUUCUUCACAACUGUCUUUACAGUAUAGGGCUUCACUGAUUCCACUACACGUACCAAAAUUCCCACUUCGAAAGAUAAGUAUUUAAGGGUGGGAAAAUGGAGAAUGAAGAGACUGUUUCCUUCUCAUAAAAUUUAAGUGUCAUCAUUUUGACCAGCCAUCCACAUCAGCAGGGUCACCUUCAUAACCACAUCCUCUUAUGCGCAGCUCCUACCCCCAAAUCACUUGAGCUUUUUGAGCCAUUAAAUCACAGUGUCAGAUUAUAUGGCACAUGAAGGUGCUUUCAAGUGCUCAGCAACACUAGCAUUAAAACUACUUCCAGCACACCUUCAUUUCGCUGACCCAGAAACUAUGAUGACACUGUUGAUGAUGUCCCACGUUCGGCCCCUAAUAUUCGAUCCACUGAUUUUGGCUGAAGGUAAUUAUACUGUUAUGCUUUUAAAUGUACACAUACUCUUGGUAAGUGAUCACGUAUGAGUGUCCGAGCAGCUGUACCAAACCAUUUCCGUUUCUCACCGAUUUUGACGAUAAUCUUGGAGUUUUUUUUUUUUUUUUUAUAUAUGGGGUUUGAGAUCAGUGACUUCUGAGGAUAUUUGAGCCCUCUCAUCCCCGGUCUUAUGCUUUUUUGCAUUGGCAACGGUGCCGCCGUGGGCCGUAGCUUUCAAGAGCAUGCUUGUGUGUUUUAAUGUGUUUUAUAUGAUGUGUCAGUCAUCCAAUGAGGUACGCGAAUCCCUAAGGUCUCUUUAACGGGGGUCGAAGCGUAGACGUUUAUGCACAUGGGGUCUCAGGUACACCUUUAUUCCCACAAACCAGCCAAGGACACGGAUGCUGAUUCCCGGUCCUACGAAACCCCUCCGGAACGGAGUGUGGAUGUGAGGAUCGUGAGGGAUCGGUGCUCUCGUACUCUCUUGAGCAUCAUGAACUCACUGAACUAUCUAGAACAAUCGUUCCCGGCUCAAUCGCUCCCUUAAACUUGUGGACUACGGGCUGAAAGGGCUCAACAGGGACGUGAAUCGAUUAAAUCAGACUGGAUUUUACACAUUCAGCAAGAGACUCUUGGUGUAUUACACCCCUGUGCACAGCAAAACAACCAAGCUCAUUUCAAAAAGUGUUGUGACGUUAGUCGACAGUGGAUUUGUCUUGAAGGAUUUUAUUAUUUGUGUGUCAUGAGUGUGUUUUUAAUGUUUCAUUAAUGUUUUUUUUUGUUUUUCAUAUGCUAUUCUUUGACAGGAUUUAUGGUCCUGAGUCAGAUCAAAACGACCGAAGUCAUUAUUUGCUCUAAGUUGAAUGCAUUUCCUUUCUCUUGUAAUGUUGUUAAAGGGAAGAUCGUUUUAAAUAUUCACAUAAGGAAGAAUGGAAAAACAGUAAGAAUGACUCUAAAUUGAUACCUAUUUCAAUUCUGAACAUAAGUAUUUGAGUUCGGGGUGGGCGGGGGGGUGUCCAGUAUGAUCAUUUUAAGACUGUGCUUGUAUGAUCACGAUACAAUUCAUUUUUGUUUGUGUGUAUGUACAGGAGUAAAUGCUCCUUAGCAAUUAAACCAUUAGACAACA